UAGCCAGAGUUUCCUAAAGAAGCCACCUGCAACAUUAGUAGACGUUGACUAUUGUACUUAUGCUCUUCCAAAAACUACUUGCCCAUCUAGACCCAAGUUGGAACUCUAAGCUCUCAUCCCAAAGGAGCAGUGUGAAAUGGCAACAUCCAGAAGAUUAUUCAAUUUCUGUUCUUUGCUAAUGGCUACUCUUUUUAUGUACUCAGCCUCUGUUCAGCUAAAUGACCCUGAUUGGUAUUUUUGGUUUCCACUCUAUUCAUGUGCCAGCCUCAUUAACAUCACAAACUGCAUCAUGAUAACAACCAAACUGAACAGGCUAAUUGCAAAAACUGCAUUAUGGAUUGGGAUAUUAUUGUAUCUCAAAGUAGUGGUCGAAGAUUUUGUGUAUGGAAUAGCAGGGUUCUGGUCACUGGAUCUAAGUAAGAGAGUUGUGAGGGAAAAAAUAGGGAGCGUGUUAGUUGUCCUAUCCACUUUCUUGCAGAUGGAAGCAUCAAAAUUUCAAAAUGAUCCUCAGAAAAAUAGGGAAAAGGAUGUUUCGAGUAUAGUAAAACAUGGGAUGCUGAUCUUGGUGGUUUUUAGCUACAUGCUACCCUUUGUCUUCUUUGUGGUCCUAAAAGCAGAAAUGGAGUUCUAGUUUCAAUAUCCAACUCAUAACUAAUGCGCAUAACCAACAAGGAUUUGACUCCUCUAAAGUAAGAGAGUCAUUUUAGAUGAUAAAGUAAAUCAUCACGACCAACAACGUGCUGGGCUAGAAAUAGACAAGCUAGAUGGCUAGAAUCAUGCAAGGGUAAUGAUGCAUGUUGGAACUCUGAGAAUUUUUCUUGAAGUUUCAAGUUUUAUUUGUCCUGCAAGGAACUUAUUUUGCGAAAUCCAAUACAGAAUACUUCUGUAAAUGAAAGGAGUAUUUAACAGUACUCAUAAAUAAGUUAUUUUGUAAAUGUAAAAGAAAGCGCAGAAAAGUUCAACCGUUUAGACAUGUUUAUGAUAUUCAGGUUCUAGUAAAGGCGUCCCCGGCAUUUCGAAGAUCCGCAAAGACAAGGAGCUCCUUCUCCAGGAACCAGCUUGUAGCGAUAAUCAAAUGUCAAUUCUUCACCCAAAGCAAUCUGUUUAUAAGAAACAAAAUGAAAUGUAAUCCAUGUUGUACAUGAACAAGCCAGCUAAAACAGUUAUGUCAAAUAUUGGCAAUCAUGCAGGAAUUUAACAUCAGGGGAACAUUUUAUUCUUGUCAAAUGAAAUAAUUGAUGCCCAUCUUCUAAUCCAUAAAUACAAGUAUUACAUCCAUCCAUCAA